AUGUGGGAAGCGAGAGUGAAGGACUUGAGUAUGAGUGCAUUGGUGAGGCUGAGAGUGAGUGAAGCAGGCUACAAGGGGCAAUCGAGGCUCAAUAAUAACUGUCUUCAUGGUGAAUUGCCAGAAUCAUUAGCUAAUAUGACACAACUUACUUUUCUUGACUUGUCCUACAACAGUGGUCCUAUACCAAGAAUUUUAGCUAAAUUCUUCAGCAUUGUUCGAAAUUCCCUUGUUUGUGCAACUGGAAAAGAACCAAACUAUCGUGGCAUGACACUGAUGCCAAUGUCCAUGAACUUAAAUAGCACUGAAGUUUCGGCCUUGUUCUUUGGUGUAGGCACAAGCACAAUCAAUAAGCAUUCUUUGAUGUUAAAGUUUCCUCAAUUCAUAUACAGUUUAAUGUUGAAUGUUUUUUAUGUUUCAAACCGGCAUCACGAAGAAGUAUACCUUGAAAACUUGAAGAUGUUCCACUUCAGAGAACUCCAAGUUACUACCAAUAACUUCAACAACAAGAACAUUCUUAGAAAGGGUGGUUUUGAAAAUGUCUACAAAGGAGUUCUCUCUGGUAGAAGUCUUGUAGCUGUCAAGAGACUGAAAAAUGGCAAUGCUAUUAGAGGAGAAAUUCAAUUUCAGACUGAAGUCAAAAUGAUCAGCCUCGCCGUCCACUGGAACCUCCUCAGACUCUAUGAAUUCUGCAUGACACCAACAGAAAGGCUUUUAGUUUACCCUUACAUGUCCAAUGGCAGCAUUGCUUCACGUCUGAAAGGUAAUAUCAAUCGUAGAAUUUCAUGUAAAGUUAAUAUUUAG